UGUCAAAGUUGAGUAGCAGGGUUGUAAUGUCUUUGUUGCAACUGUUCCACCUCAAAUGAUAUGAAUAAAAGUGUGUAAAUAUAUGGAAAAAUAACAACCAUCUUAACGGAAGAGAAGAGUUUAAGCUUUGCCCUCAACAGUCAAACCACCCAAAAGAUGGAAGAAAAGCUGAAUGGAUCACUGCCUGUUGUCUCUCCGGAGUAUCUUCAACAGUGGGUUCGGUCUGCCCAGCAGUUUCAAGCUCUCCAGGCUCAAUAUUCAAACGUCAUUCCCAACCAUCAGUUUCACCAUACAGAGUAUCAGGCUGGAGAAGCUGCCACAACACACAUGGUUAAUCCAGAACCCAUGAUGGAUCAGCUGGAACCUACCAACUUGACAAAACCCCCGGCUAAAAAGAGAGGCAGACCAGCUCAACCCAAGGAACCAGGGGCGCCCAAACCACCAAAAGUCCCAAAGGCCCCAAAAACGCCAAAGCCACCUAAAGACCCAAAUGCACCUAAAGCAAAACCAGGUCCAAAGCCCAAGAAGGCUUCUGAAGCUCAGGCUGAUGGCAAACAGGUGAAGAUUGAUGAGAGCUUCAAGAAGGUGAAGAGGAAAGUGGACCGCUUCAAGGGCAUGUCAGAGGAGGAGGUCAUGAAGAAGACUCUACCAGACCUGCUGGACUACAACCUGGACUAUGUCAUCAUUGGUAUCAAUCCAGGUCUGAUGGCAGCUUUUAUUGGACGAUGGUUUCCAGGUCCUGGAAAUCAUUUUUGGAAAUGUUUGUUUCUGUCUGGAUUCACUGAUGAGCAGCUCAACCACAUGCACGACACCGUCCUGCCUGCUAAGUAUAAAAUGGGCUUCACCAACAUGGUGGCCAGGGCAACACCAGGGAGCAAAGACCUCUCAAGUAAAGAGUUACGUGAAGGAGGCAAAAUUCUCGUGGAGAAGCUGAAGAAAUACAAGCCUCUUAUUGCUGUGUUCAAUGGAAAAUGCAUCUAUGAAAUGUUCUGCAGAGAACUGUUUGGUAAAAAACCGCAAAAGCUUGAAUUUGGUUUGCAGCCACACAAGAUCCCCGACUGUGACGUGGCUUUGUUUCUGAUGCCUUCAUCCAGCGCUCGCUGCGCGCAGUUCCCUCGUGCUCAGGACAAAGUCCACUUCUACAUCAAAUUGAGGGAACUCAGAGACCAGCUGAAGGGUGUCCAAAAAAGCACAGAGAUCCAGGAGGUCAACUACACAUUUGACCUUCAGCUGGCCAAGGAGGAUGCCAAGAGGCUGGCGAUAAAGGAGGAGCAGUAUGAUCCUGGUUAUGAAGAUGCCUAUGGUGGAGCAUAUGUAGAGAGGGGACCUGAAGGAAGCCAUGCUGAAAGCCAGAGCAAUGGUCACUGCACAUUUUCAUCUGCUGAAAAUCCAGAAAGAGCACAGGAGGCGACCAUGCCGCUAACAGCUGAAGGCCAGCUCCCAGACGGACAGUGGAUGACCCAGUCCUUUGCAGAUCAGAUUCCAGACAUUAGCAGUGGAUCAAAAGAUGGCAGCAUAUGAGGAAAAGGGCUUCAGCGUGCCUGUGCUACCUACACACAGAGACUUCAGCCAACUCAGUCUUUUACCUCUUUUUUUGGUCAGGUUUUAGAAUUCUUUUUUUAUUAGCAUCUGAGUGGAAUAUGAAAAAACACAUAGUGAACUUUUUAGAACAUUUGCAGAAUAUAUUUUCUGCCCCCUUUUUAAUUCUUUGUGGUCUUGUAAACAUUUAAGCAUGAUCGUCUUCACUGCAGUCUUUUUAAAUAAGUGAAAUCAGGGACUUGACAAUAGCCUGUUUCAGACAGGGUGCAUCUAGCAUUGAUUGCACUCUGUUCUGAUAUAAGUGAUGUUCCUCACAGCUUUAUUCAGACUCACUGUUUUCCCAGAGGAUUUAUACAAGAUUUUUUUUUUCUUGCAACCAGAGGACUUUUCCUGCUGGCCUUUUAAAUGGAAGGCAGGUUUAAGGCACUUCAGCACCCAUCUUUUGUAUCGUCUGGUUUAAAGUGAUUCAUAAAUAUUACAAGGUUUGGCCCAGUAAGAUAGUACAAUUGUGGCUUUUACAGCAAAGUGACCAGGGUGCACAUUUAUGAGAUGCUGUCAGAUGAAUGCAAACAAAGUGGCUAAUGAUGUGACUCAUUGAAAAAGAUCAUGUAUUUAUACUUUUGUUUUGCCUUUGUACUGUACUGUACUGUACUGCACUGCAUUGCACUGCACUGCGGUGGACUGUGGUGCAAUAAGUGAGAACUUUAACGUCUGCUGUUUAAACAGAAGAUGAAACUUCUGAAACUUUGCUAGCAUUACUGUGUUUCAUUCAUGGUGCUAUGAACUGACGAGAUGCAAAGUGAUGACUUGAUAAAACCAGAUGCAUCGUCAGUGUCAGAGGUCCUGCAGAGGCAUCUUCUGACCAGCCUUUAAAUAUGUUACAAAACUCAAAAUGGGGUUUAUUUUAAUGUUUCUCUUUUUUUUUUUUUUUUUUUUUCUUCAGGAAUUGUAAAAUUUUAUUUUGGUUAUGAAAAUAUCAGUCACAAGGAAUGAAUCAUUUGUCCAUUAAAAUGUCCUGAUAAUGCUUUUUCUAUA